UUUGUUUUUCUUGCUUGUGGCGUGCCGCGUGCUUGUGUGAUUUCUACCCUAGCGCCGAGGCGCGGGCGAGCGAGCGAGCUCUCGGCGCUCCCUGUGGCGGGCGCUGCGAUUGCCGAUGCCUGCGUCUCUGUGUCUCCCCCCGGAUUGAUUGAUUGGGUUUUAGCUGAGGAUGAUCCUCGGCAAUGCGGGAAGGGAUUCUUCUUCUUGUGAUUCUCGUUUCUGGAUAGAAGGGAGGAGGGGGAGGAGGAGAAGGCGCUGGUGUUCCAGGGGCUGCUACUCGGUGGAGCCGGAUUGAGCUUCUCCUCUCGGUGUGUGGGAAAUUGCUUUCUUUUUUUUCCUUGUUAUGGUUUCUUGGUCGCGCUAGGUAGAGGGUGUGUGCGUUUCCAGUGGAAGGUUUUUUCUUGGUUUUUGUCGCAGUGCCGCUCAAAGAUGUUUUUUUUUUCGCUCUCGCUCAUUGUUUUUGAUUGUUGUGGCACUGCUGCUUAUGGCGUUGUUACGUCGGCAGCCCAGCCAGCGAAGGGGCGAGAAAGCUUUGUUGUUCUUUCGGGAGAGAAGAGGGCCGAGUUUUUCUUGUUCUUUCUUUUUUGUUGUUUUUUUCGUCAGGCACAGCAUUUGACUUCUCUCGGCUUGGAAAAACUGGCCACGCGCGUUUUUCUAACCUUUUUUUUCCUUCUCUCUCUCUUGUGCUUUGCAGGAAAAAAAGGAUGGCGGACGUGGGAAGUCCCAGGAGCCAGGAUAGCCCACACUCGGACGACGCUGGUGGCCAUGGUGGCGAACGCGACAACUCCAACGUAAGGGAGCAAGACAGGUUCCUUCCCAUCGCCAACAUCAGCCGGAUAAUGAAGAAGGCGCUGCCGGCGAAUGCAAAGAUCGCCAAGGAUGCCAAGGAGACGGUGCAAGAAUGCGUCUCAGAGUUCAUCAGCUUCAUCACUAGCGAAGCCAGUGACAAGUGCCAAAGAGAGAAGAGGAAGACGAUCAAUGGCGAUGACUUGCUAUGGGCAAUGAGCACGCUGGGCUUCGAGGAGUACUUGGAACCUUUGAAGAUCUACUUGCAAAAGUACAGAGAGACGGAGGGAGACAAAGGAUCGGGAGUCAAGGGAGAAGGCAAGAAGGACCAGAGCAUGGCUGUUCCAUCUCCUGUCCAGUCGAGUAUGUACACCAGCAUGAGUUACUUGCCACAGCAGGCACUCUAGAGUGAGUGGACAAAGCUAUCGUAAAAUUUGUAUGAUGGUGAUACUCUCCUUGUGAGCUAUAGCUAGCUUCUCAAAUCAAAACAACGUCCUUUAAUUCCAUCUC